UUUUUUUUCUUUUUUUUUUACAAUAUAUCAACUCUAUUUUCAAAUGUAAUAUAGAAAUACUUGUUUCAUAUUAAUUGCUAGCAGUAUGAAUAUUAUUUAUAUGGUAAUAAUGUGACUGGAUAUAAAAAGCUUUAUUUGUGGAAAAAUAUUGUAAAGCCUAUUCUUGUUUUCAAGUGCAUAUUGUAUGUACAUUUUCCAUGUUAUCUCAACAUGAAAUUAACUAUUAUCAUUACUUUUAGUUUUGCUUUGCUUUGCGUCAAGUAUAAAAGAAUAUUAAGUGAGUCCAUGAUUAAACUAUUGAAUAAUACCUUUCUAUAUAUCAUAGUAUUAUGGACUGCAAGACUCGUAACAUAUUAUUAUGACAAAGAAAAAGUAGUGUAGUAAAUGUUAACUUAAAGAUGACUAUAUUAUUCUAUUGGCAUGGUAAAUAUAUGUAUAUGUAUAUGCUUAAUGCAUAAUAUAUAUUCUUAAUAAGCUUGGAUAAAUACCAUUUUA